AUGUCCCACACCACUCCUUCCAAGAUUCAUGCGCCUAAGCCUCAGCGGGCGUACCCGGGGUCUCCCCGACUUGCGCGGCCCACUUCGCCCUCCUCGAUCACGCCGCACGGUUCGAACACCAGUCAUCGCGGACACGGGUCGUCCCGUCAGCACCAACCGGCCUCUCGCCCUGCAGAGUACCAUCGCUCCCCAAUCCCACCACAUGCCCGCCUGCCAUCCACUCGGAGCCAAGCCCCUCCUUCCUACAAUCAGCCCACAUCUGCGCGCCGCCCGCGACCCCCCGUCAAGCACGAGUUGCUCAAGAUGGGAGAUAUCGUUUUGGUGGUCGAGUCGGCGCAGUACCCUCUCUUCCAGUUCAUCGACUCGAAGGAGGGUGGUGCAUCUCGCACCGAUGACUAUUGUGGCCAUCGUCAGAUGUAUCUGGCUGGGGCGGGUGGUUCUUGCAGGGAAGACCCUCGCCCGGCCAUGAUCGUCAAACCAGACGCCGACGGGAAGCAUACCGUCAUGCUCUUGAGUCGAUGGAGCGGGCGCUGCUGGGAGUCUCUCUCGUCCCUCAUCCAGUACCUGUCUGUCGAAGUCGAGCGCGAGGGCUUCAAGCCUGAGAAGAAGCAUCUGAGCGAAUUGGCCGUCAAGAUCGAGGGAUGGCGCUCUGAAGAUGUAUCGUAUAUGAUUCUGCACUCGCACAAACUCAAUCCCCAUAGUGGCUCAAAGCGCGGACAUGUCGUUGGCGUAGCGCCAUACAAAUUGGCUAACAGCCCCGAGGCUGUCGAGAGAUUACUGCUCCUCGAACAGUUUGUGAAGAAAGCAUGGCUCGAAAAGCCACAGGCCGAACGUGACGACGUCAUCAUGCAGUUCUUUAGGGAUGCGAACUGGACCGAUACGCGUGGGAGCGACACACCAUCACCUAGCAGCUUCUAUCGCGCGCCGCAAGUGCAUACCCCCGGUGGUACAAUCAUCCGCCCUCAGAUGCGCUCCGCUUAUAACUCCCCGGCAAUUUCUCGUGCUUCGUCGCCAGCUCUCGUCAUGCGCAACCUGUUGUAA